UGAAUGGGAGGGGGAGAGAGAGACUUGGGCUAGACGGAGAGAGAGAGAGGGAAAGAACAAGAUUAGAGAUUUAAGGAACAGACUGGAGUCCCAGAGGAAAAGAUUUAGACAGAAACAGAAACAAGGAUUGGGAGAGAAAGUGAUAUGGGUGUGUGUGUGUGAGGGAAGGAGGGAGGGAGAGAGAAAUGAGUAAGAGACUGGAAGAGACAGAGAUCAGAGAGGGAGAGAGACAGAGGUGAGACGGGGAGACAGGGACAGUCUGAAAGAAAGGGAGAGCGAGAAGAAGAGGCCAUAAGAGACACAGAGAGUGUGUGAGAGAGCAGAGAAGUGAGACAGGCCUAUGAGGGGCAGCCCCAGAGGGGCACUGGAUGAGCUGCGGCUGCGCCCAGCACCCACGCCACCCUCUUGCCCCCUGUCCUUGGGACCCGGAGCUGCCUCCUCCGACCUGCGAGCCCCUGACCUCGGCUCUGUCCCCAGCCGGGUCAGCUGCAGGGACGCGCACACAGUCCCUUUCUUUCUCGCCCUCGAUGGAGGAGGGCCGGCCUCGGAGCAGCCUCAGCCUGGCCAGCAGCGCCUCUACCAUUUCGUCGCUCAGUAGCCUGAGCACCAAGAAGCCCACCCGGGCAGUAAGCAAGGUGCACGCGUUCGGGAAGAGAGGCAAUGCGCUCCGAAGGGACCCCAACCUCCCGGUGCACAUCAGAGGCUGGCUGCAUAAGCAGGACAGCUCCGGGCUCCGGCUCUGGAAACGCCGCUGGUUCGUUCUCUCUGGCCAUUGCCUCUUCUACUACAAGGACAGCCGUGAGGAGAGUGUCCUGGGCAGCGUUCUGCUCCCCAGCUACAGCGUCCGGCCCGAUGGGCCAGGAGCCCCCCGGGGGCGGCGCUUCACCUUCACCGCGGAGCAUCCUGGCAUGAGGACCUACGUCCUGGCGGCCGACACGCUGGAGGACCUGCGCGGAUGGAUACGCGCACUGGGCAGGGCCUCCCGCGCGGAGGGAGAUGAUGGGUCCCUGUGCCUUUGUCUGUGCAUUGAGAAUAAGGGCUGUUAUGAGGUGAACACGGGGGACGAGGGGCCCGGCUUAGAAUCGCCGCAAGGGGCUCGGCUUUCCAGAGAGCGUGGCCGCCCCGGGCCGCUCACUCCCACUUCCCAUGCCGACCUCCAAUCUGGACCCGGGAUUCAGAGGACGAGGAGCCCGGACCUGUUCACACCCCUCUCUCGUCCGCCCUCCCCUCUGAGCCUCCCCCGGCCCCGGGCGGCCCCUGCCCGCAGGCCCCCUCCCUCCUCGGGUGACACCCCACUCCCCGCCAGACCCCAUACCCCACUGAGUCGCAUCGACGUGCGCCCUCCCUCCGAAUGGGGCCCCCAGCGCCAGGCCCUUUCCCGGCCUCCCACUCCCCGCCGAGGACCCGCCUCCGAGGCUGGGGGAGGAAGGCCCCCCCGGAGCCCCCAGCCCUGGCAUCCGGAGGCCAGGACGCAGGCCCCCUCUGGCUCCUCCACUUAUAUCCAGCUGCCCCCAAGAUCUCCUGGGACUCGGGCUUCCAUGGUUUUAUUGCCGGGCCCUCCCCUGGACUCAUCCUUCCACCAAAGCUUGGAGACAGAUACCCUGUUGACCAAGUUGUGUGGGCAGGACCGGCUCCUGAAGAGGCUGCAGGAGGAGAUAGACCAGAGACAGGAGGAGAAGGAGCAGCUAGAAGCAGCCCUGGAGCUGACCAGACAGCAGCUGGGCCAAGCAGCCAGGGAGGCUGCGGCUCCCCCGCGGGCCUGGGGGCGCCAGCGCCUCCUGCAGGACAGACUGGUCAGUGUGAGGGCCACUCUUUGUCACCUGACUCAGGAGCGAGAGCGGGUUUGGGACACGUACAGCGGCCUGGAGCAGGAGCUGGGCACCUUGAGAGAGACCCUGGAGUACCUGCUGCACCUCGGGUCCCCCCAGGACAGAACGUCCGCUCAGCAGCAGCUGUGGAUGAUGGAAGACACCCUGGCAGGUCUGGGGGGCCCCCAGAAACCACCCCAAAGCACUGAGCCUGACUCCCCGUCUCCUGCACUCCAAGGCGAGGAGUCUUCAGAGAGAGAGAGUCUGCCUGAAUCCUUGGAACUGAGCUCACCCCGGUCCCCAGAAGCCGACUGGGGGCGGCCCCCCGGGGGGGACAGAGGCCCUGCCAGCCCUCGCUCAGGUGUUAGAUCUCCCAGGAUCUCCCAGGCUUCUAGCCCCGAGGGUCGCUGCCCUCCCUCCCCACAGCCAGGAGCCAAGCCCCCCCAGGCCCGGCCCCGGAUGAGUGCUCAGGAGCAGCUGGAGAGGCUCCGUAGGAACCAGGAGUGCGGACGGCCUCUCCCUCGCCCCGCUUCUCCGCGGCUCCUCACUCUGGGGAGGACCCUGUCCCCCGCACGAUGCCAGCCUGACGCGGAGCAAAGGCCUGGCCUGGGACACGCGGGAGCCCAGAAAUGGCUCAGGAGCUCCGGGUCCUGGAGCAGUUCGAGGAACACCACCCCUUAUAUUCCCAUGUCCGAGGGUCAUCGGGAGCGAGUCCUCAGCCUCUCUCAAGCUCUGGCCACCGAGGCCUCGCAGUGGCACCGAAUGAUGACAGGUGGAAACUUGGACCCCGGAGGCGAACCUCUUCCCCCGGUGCCGCCGCCUCCGUCAAACCCCAAGCCCCCGCUGCCCUCGCCCCCACUCUCCUCC